GAUACCCGGAGUGCUGUAAUAGCCAGUAGAAGAAGGAAAAAAAAAAAAAAAAAUCCCCCAAACCCCGGGGGGCCUAAGUUCAAUAUCGUCCCUCCCGUCCCCCCGCUCUAGCUCCCAACUCACCUUCUUCUUUACCUUCUUCUUUUGUACAGUAAUUCCCUGUCUGGGAACAAAAAGAUUCGAGUUUUCUUACAGGGCGAUCCAUACGGCGUCGUUCGCAGAUCGCGUGACACCUUCCAUUGAAGCUCUCAGAUCUGGUGACGUCAUCUCGCGUUCCUCCCCCCAUCGUAUUUAUUCACAGUUUUGUUUUUGUGUUUGAUAAUAAAAAAAAAGGAUUGGGUGGAGAAGAAUGGACCGAGAUGAACUCCGGUUGAUUCUGUCGAAAUCGGGAACGGACGUGUGGACGCUGAUCGAGACGGCGAUUGAGGUGGCAUCUGUGGACUACGCCGGCGAGUUGAAGGAUCGCCGCGACGGAAUCGUUGAGAAGCUCUAUUGGAAUCGGUGCCGGAACUGCAACGACCAAGUCAACGGUCACUUCGCCGGCAAUGGUUUUCCAAUCGUUGAGAGGGAGAUCAGUAAGAGCCCUUCCACUCCGGAGUCUAAUCAUCGUCUUCAUGAUGAUAUUGGACGGGAAGAAGGCGAAGAGGGGGAGGAGGCGGAUCCGUACGGAGGUUUGUUGGACGAUGAGCAGACCAGAAUUCUCCAAAUCAAGGAGGAACUUGAAGAUCCAGAACAGUCUGACGAAUCUGUGAUUGAGCUGCUGCAAAACCUUGAAGAUAUGGAUAUUACGUUUCAAGCUCUGAAGGAAACUGACAUUGGAAGGCACGUGAAUCGGUUGAGGAAGCAUCCGUCAAAUGAAGUGAAGAGAUUGGUGAAACAGUUAGUCAGGAAAUGGAAAGAAAUUGUAGAUGAAUGGGCUAAGCUCAACGCACCAGAAAAAGCUUCUUCAAAUGUCAUUGCUGAGGGAGACUCACCCCAGCACCACUUACAUAAGAAUCAACAGAGUGGUCAUCAUCAGGUUCCUGAUUUUGGAUAUUCUCCAAAUCCAAGAAAUGGGAGUUCAAGCCUAGACCGGAAUAAUUCAGAACACGAAAAGAAACAAAAAUCAGUUCCAAGGAAUGAAACACCCCAAAGGCCACUUCAAUCUGCUCCCAAGCCAGCUUCAGCUCCUCCCCCAUCUAGGCCUCCAAGGGAAUCAGUGGUAGAUAUGGAGAAACUAAAUUCAGCACGGAAGAGGCUUCAGGAGAACUACCAAGAAGCACAAAAUGCUAAAAAGCAAAGGACAAUACAGGUGAUGGACAUUCACGAGAUCCCGAAACCAAAGAACGCCUUCUUCUCCAAGAAUAAAGGAGGCUUUCAGGGAAGGCAUCAUCGCUAAUGAAUGGUGUCAGGAGCCCAGCCUGUUUGAGUGUACAAAUAAUACACUGCUUUAUUUAUUAUUGUUACGGUGCUGCACUUAUAUAGCAUACGUUCCUGAUAACUGGAUUUUACCCAAAAGUGGGGGAAUCCCUUCCUUGUUACCUUUUUUUCUUCCUUGAUACUAAAAAAGCACAGUCCUUUUUCUUCAUAUUUAUAUGAAUUUUAUUUCUUUGGGUUUGGUUAAAUGCUCUUCACUCUGUUUCAGUUUGACCUGUACAUAGUUUCAAGGGCCACUUUUUUGGUCUG